GUAUCACUUUAUGUCCCACAGUCCAGUCCAAUCCCUGUCUGAAGAGUUGGUGAGUUCACUGGUUUUUAUACAUACCUGUUCAGCUUUGAUUUAAUUUUAAUUGUUUUCCUCUUUCCAAGAAUCAUAUCUCUGUAACAUGCUUAGCACACAGAAGAUAAUAUAAAUGGUAGGUGUUAUUAGUCUUAGAAAGUAAUCAUCGAAAUAGGCUAUGGGUUAGGGGAGCAACCAGGACACAUCAUUGAAUAAUGCAUUAGCUGCUUUGAAGAGGACAAAACUCUUGUGGAUGUGGAAAGUCUGAUUUUGAUUAGCCACCUUGCAUAGAAAGUCCUCAGAUCAAUUUUUAAUAACUUCAUGGAGGUAUAACUGAUAUACAAUAAACUGUACACGUUAAAGUAUACAGUUUGAUAGGUUUUCAUAUGUGUAUACAUCCAUGAAACCAUCACCACAAUCAAGAUAACAAACAUAUCAAUCACCCCCAAAAGUUUCCUUGUGCUCUUUUGUAAUCUCUCUCUACCUCUCCCCACCCGCCUCUGUCCCUGGGCUACCAUGUAUCUGCUUUCUGUCACUAUAGAUUGCUUUGCAUUUUCUAGAAUUUUAUAUAGAUGGAAUCAUACAGAGUGUAUGCUUUUUUAUCUGGUUUCUUUCAGCAUAUUUUUGAGAUUCAUUCAUGUUGUUGCGUGUAUCAGUAAUUCCAGAUCAGUCAUUUUUGAAUACUUGGGGAGGUGAGAAGUCUUACCCUGCCUGCCUAGACAGAAGGACUUCAAAAUGGGAUUGGUUAAGCCUGUCUUAAUCUUAAUAUUUCUGAGUUACCUAAGCUCUAGUUGGUAUUGGACAGAAAAUGCUUAGUGAUGAGGCCCAAAUUAUUGGUGUUUGGAGUAUGUAGGAAAGAGCUUAGGGCAAAUCUGCAUCAUUCUGGUGUUGCUUUGUUUUGCUGUUAAUUUUUAUUCUUGCAUCUUUAUCUUCUUAUAGGAAAUGUGUACUUAUUUUUAUGAUUUAAGUUUAAACCAGUUGUUUAUUCAGAAUUUUGAAUAAUAGAAUGGAGGCCUAGAACCCAUUGUAAAGUGAAUGGAAAUUUUGAGUACCAACAUUUCCUCUUCACAGGACAGAGCCUGUAUUUUAAUAUUUUGUCUACCUAGGUGUUUAGUUUCGUUCAAGACCCUUGAUCUUUUCUCAGUCACAAAGCACAUCUAGUUCAGAUCUAUAAGGCGCAAAAAUAAGUCUCAGGUGAACGACAGCUGACAAGAGCCCUUUGGAGUCAAGAAACAGAACUGUAUAUCCUCAUGGCUGUUCCUUGGAAGGGGAAGGGAAUGCCGGUUGCUGGAAGGGAAAAAAAAGUGUAAAUGAGGUACUUAUGUGUUGAUGUCCUCUCCUCAGAUUCUAACACGAUGGCGUCUGAUGACUUUGAUAUAGUGAUUGAGGCCAUGCUGGAGGCUUCCUAUGAAAAAGAGGAGGAUGAGCAGCAAAGGAAAGAGGUUAAAAAGGACAGCCGUAGCAAUACCACCACCAACACCAGCAGCAACAAUGGCAAUAGGACUAGUGCGAGCAGCACCAGUGGGGAGACAAGCAAGAAGAAGAGGAGUCGGAGCCAUAGUAGAAGCAGGGAUAGAAAGCGCAGUCAUAGUCGAGACCGGGAUCAACAUAGACGGAGAAAGAGCUGAAGUUGGGAUCGGCAGCAUCAUCAUCGCGGUCGUAGCUGGGAUCGUCGACGUAGUAGUCAGUCAAGAAGUCCGGACCAGCGUCGUGAGGAUCGUGUGCGCUACAGGAGUCUGCCACUUGCCACUGGGUGUAGGUAUGGACAGAGUAACAGUUCUCAUUUCAGAGAGAAAAGCCCAGUCAGGGAGCCUGUUGAUAAUCUGAGUCCUGAGGAACAUGAUGCCCGCACAGUUUUUUGUAUGCAGUUGGCUGCCCACAUUCAGCCUCGGGACUUGGAGGCCUUUUUCUCUGCUGUCGGCAAGGUUCGUGAUGUACGUAUCAUCUCAGAUCGGAACUCACGUCGUUCUAAGGGCAUUGCCUAUGUGGAAUUCUGUGAAAUUCAGUCUGUGCUGCUGGCCAUUGGGCUGACCGGGCAGCGGCUGCUGGGAGUACCUAUCAUUGUGCAGGCCUCACAGGCCGAGAAAAUCCUAUUGGCAGCCAUGGCCAACAACGUGCAGAAAGGCAGUGGUGGGCCAGUGCACCUCUAUAUGGGCUCCAGGCACUUCAACAUCACCGAGGACAUGCUCCGGGGUAUCUUUGAGCCCUUUGGCAAAAUCGAUAAUAUUGUCCUGAUGAAGGACUCAGAUACAGGCCGCUCCAGAGGUUAUGGUUUCAUUAUGUUCUCUGACUCUGAGUGUGCCCGGCGGGCCCUGGAACAAUUAAAUGGCUUUGAGCUUGCUGGUCGACCUAUGAGGGUUGGCCACAUGACUGAAUGGCUGGAUGGUGGUACCGACAUCACUUUUCCUGAUGGGGGCCAGGAGCUUGAUCUGGGAUCAGCAAGUGGAUGUUUGCAGCUCAUGGCCAAAUUGGCAGAAAGCUCUGGAAUCCAGCUGCUGGCCAUAGCUGCUGCCACCGCUGCCCAAGCUGCUGCCCUGCAACUGAAUGGAGUGGUUCCCUUAGGGGCCCUGAACCCAGCGGCUCUGACUGCUCUGAGUCCGGCCCUGAACCUUGCCUCCCAGACAGUCGCCUUGUAGUGCUUCCAUCUCUCCAGCCUCUUUUCCCCUCAGACCAUGUGA